CCUCCGAUCACCCAUAAAACAUCCCACACUGUGCUUUACGACAUCUACCGACCGUCAAACUUCUCACGAUCGAAAAGCACACAACCGAGAAACGCAUACACGAGAAAAUAGCAAGAAGACUGCAACAUGCCGAAGAAUAAGGGAAAGGGUGGUAAGAAUAGGCGUCGUGGAAAGAACGAGAACGACAAUGAAAAGCGUGAACUUGUGUUCAAAGAGGAUGGCCAGGAAUAUGCACAGGUCAUUAAAAUGCUAGGCAACGGAAGACUUGAAGCGAAGUGUUUUGACGGACCUACGCGUUUGGCCCACAUUCGAGGAAAACUCCGGAAAAAGGUCUGGAUCAACCAGGGUGAUAUCAUUCUUCUAUCCCUACGUGAAUACCAGAUCUUUCAGAGUGAACGCUAUACCUGGUAUUCGCCUUUCAUACGGAACUUCGGGUCAUAUUAGUGCUCGCUACGAACUGCACAAGCUCGGCUUUCUACGUUAUUAAAUUUGGAUAGACUGAUGCUGACAAAAGUCUUUGUAGGAUGAGAAGAGUGAUGGUAACUUCUACUUGUCGAAGUAGAAUGGCUGAUGCUAAUGAAUCUAGUUCUUAUGAAGUAUAGCGCAGAUGAGGCUCGUAGUCUCAAGGCAUAUGGCGAGCUGCCCGACUCCGCAAAGAUCAACGAGACUGACACAUACGCGGACGAGGGUGCAGAGGGCAUUGGAUUCGAGUUCGACGAAGACCGUGAUGGAUCUGAUGCAAGUGAGGUUGAUAUUGAAGACAUUUGAGGCGCUGGCCACUGGGUUCAAGUAUGGAUGAUGUGAUGAGCAGUUCGAGGCACCAACCACAAGACUGAUGGCAAUCCAACUAUCAGCAGCACGAUUCCUUAUGCUGUCUGAGCAGCAACUGGUGGGGAUGGCAGGGUUUUCUACAGUUCAUUUGGAGGUGGUUCAUCACCAGCAUCAGUUUGAAAGUACAUUGAACAUUAUGGUUCACGGAGCAUAGCGACACCUAUUGUCUUCCAGAUGAAUGAAGUUCUGUUUCUGCAGACUCAUUUCGUCCGAUACGAUAUACAAUACUAGUCCGAAGCUUUUGAA